CAAAAAAAUAUAUGGAGGGACCAUAGACAUAUUUUAACCCCUUCAAAACGCCAGCUCCAUUUACCACGCUUUACUUGUGGCCGAACCCAGCCACAAAGCUGACAUGUAUGUAUGAAUGAGGAUUUUAUUCACCGGCGGUGAAGGAAGUUGAAUCCAUGUUCUGAACUCUGCAUCUAACUAAAAUGUUCCUCCGCGCUAAUCCACACUCAGAAGACAGCAUUUCCGAUGACGACGACCAUUACGCUAAUCUUCUUUCGUUACAAAACCACGCUACCAACGAGCAAGAUGAAGAACUACCUCUUCCGGUGCGAUUAGAUUUGUUAAAAGAAAGAUUCUGUAAUCACAAUUCGUCUUCCUCAUUUCAGAAGUUGCCCGAAGAUGAGGAGGUUGAAAUGCCGGACUUCAAUGAGGGUGACAACCACGAUGAAUUGGGAGAGGUGGUUGCUGAUUCGGAUGACGAAGAUACUGUUUCGGAAGAUGAGGGUAGCACCAUCCUCUCGACCAGACUUCUCCAAAGAUAUGGUAGUCAAUUUCUCAGAAAUGAUGAAGUUAAAGAUGCAAAAAGAAAAUCAGAAGCAUUGCUAUGUUUUCAAGAAAGUGCUUCAUCCCAUGCUACCUUCUCAAAAGCAAAUUCAUCCGGCAUCUGGAACAAAGCUAAGCCAAGAAUUUCAUUGUCAUCAGUGACACAUAAAUAUGGGCACACUGGUCCUUCAAUCUCUAAUAUUGACAGGCUGCCUGAAAUUAUGAAAGCUGUUGAUCAUAGGCCUUCUGCAAGUUUAGAUGGAAAUCAUCUCGAAGAUGAUGACAUAGUGGAAAUAAAUUUAGACACCGAGCCUUCUGAAACUGAAGCUCGUCCACAUGAAUUUAAUCUUCCCCUAAUGGCUGAUCUUUUUGACAACCUCCAGGAUAAGACUGAUCUGUAUCCACGUGAUAAUCAAAGAAAAGGAAAAGCAGUGCAGCUUUUUCAGAAGAGUAGUAUAUCCCAUUUGCCAGAGACGGUUGUUGACAGUGAAGACUCCCCUGAACCUGUGGAUAGCGGAUCAUCAAGUGACAAUGAGGAAACUGAUCAACACAUGAGAAUUACUUUCCCGGGAAAGAAAAUGCAGACGAUGGCAGAUAGAUUUCACAAUGCUUUAGGGACUUCCUCUGUUAUUACUGAAAGUGUUGGAGCACAUAACUCAUUGAGAACUGGAAUAUUUGAAAAACUACAGCAGGCGAUGCAAAAAGAAAAGGAAAGAGACAUAGAUUUCUCCAAAAAGUUACAAGCUGGAGCUAAACCAGAUGGUGAAUUUGGCUGUGUUGAUGUAAACAUCAUUUCAAGAUACCUGGAUGGAAAGCUGAUUGUUUGUCAUUGCUCAUUUAGCAAGUAUACCGAGAAUUUUCUCGUACAAGCUGAAGGAAUGGGGUUUGGUGGCAGCAAAGAUGGUCAAAUAACCAUUAUCUUUUGUCCAAGAGUUUGCAAUAAUGUUGACCUUGAAGUGGGGAGCUUAAUCCGUAUUCACCCUCCAUGGAAGGAAGUUCAAGUGGGAAAUGAUAAUAUUAUCCUGUGUUCUUAUUUCUCCGAAAUCUCACCCCCAUUUUGAUUCAUGUGGUCAGAGCAGACCAUGAACAUGUAAUGUUCAUUCUUGUUUCUUACAAAUCAAGGAAAGUCGUGCAAGCAUCUGUUUGUAGUGAAUAGAAUAGCAAAUUCGGUAGCUUCUUACUUUGACUCACGAGUUAAGGACACCUUUGAAUUGAUGUAAAGGAAAUUUUAGUGCUUCUUGUUUUCUUCUCUCAAACAAGAAAUGCAAUUUCGAUAGAAAGAAGGGGCAUGGGUUGCAAAUGCAAUUUUACCAAGAUGUAAAGUUACUGUAUACAAAGUUGUCCUUGAAGCCUGUAUGUUGGAUUCUAUAGUAUUCAUUACUGAGGAUGAAAUUUUAAUUUAUUCAUUUGGUCGUAAUCAUGCUGCUGAUGGUUCUGCAUUACUUACGUAA